CAAAAUUCGCUUGACAGCUGUGACAAAAUGUCAAAACAUUACAAGAGGUUACUUCCUAUCGUUUUGGUGCUGAUCUUCCCGCCGAAAUGGAUGGAAAGUAGUAGUAGUAGUGACCAAGCGGGGUCGGAAUUAGAUACGAUAGAAAAAAACCGAACUGCCCUUAAAGCAUGGCCCACGAUCCAAAGCGGGGAAUGUGGGGAACAUAGUUUCAUGGCCUCGAUACAGAUUGCAGUAGAGAAGAGGAGAUGGAGAUACUGCACUGGUACCCUCCUCCACAGGUACUGGGUGCUCACUACAGCUAGGUGCGUAAAGAAGUUCAGGACUCUUCCGAUCCUAGCAGUCUUCGGACUACACAACGAGGACUUCGUCAAGCCUUUCUCCGUGAGGAUUAUGAACAAGUUUUUGAAGAUACAUCCCAACUAUAAUGGGGACCAGCACGACAUUGCUCUGUUGAAGUUGGCAAGCCCUUUGGAAAAUAUCGGAAGGGUAGUUAUACCGAGGAACCGUAGCAAUGAUGACAUAACCAAAGUGUGCAGGAAAGGCCUGACGAUGGCCUGGGACGAACCCGGCACCUUGGAGUGCCUGAUAACGCCCAGCCUGAGCCUGACCGAAUGCAGGAAAAUAUUCCUCGACCUCCACAUCUGGGACAUGCAGUUCUGCAUAAGAAACGCCAAUGACACCGAGAAUCGGUGUCUCACGCAGACCGGGGGAGCUUUCAUGUGCAGGGGGGUGCAACAUGGGAUUUUCUCGCAGGGGUCAGGGUGCGGGGACGUACCGGGAGUAUAUACGAGGAUCGACCAUUACUUGGAUUUUAUUUGGGGGACGAUAAACCGGGCGCCAAGACAGGUGGUUAGUGUGUUUUUUUGGGGCGUGUUGGUGCUUAUGCUGUGUUUAUAGAAAGUGACAUGGUGUUUUGUAUCUAAUCUUUCAUACAAAAUAUCAGUAAGGUAUAAAAACUGUUAUACGAUAAACCAGGCGCGGAGAGCAGUGAUUUUUUAUUCAAGGUGUGUUGUUUUUGAAGUGAUGAAAACAGAGUGAAAUGAUGUUUUUCUUUAAAUAUUUUAAUAUUAAAAUUAGCUCUUGAAUUGACGUUCCUAUUGCUGACACAAAAAUAGGUAUGUUGC